UUGUUGGUAUGAGUGGGUUUGAUAUUAGGGUGUUACUAGCGCGUGGAGGGAGUUGGAAAUAGCACGUGGAAUAUGGGGCGCGUGAGGAAAGUAUGAACAGUGAAGGGCGGCGGGGAGGUGAGUGCUGAAGAAGAAGGCCCAAGGGUUGAGGAAGGGUGUAAGUGGGGCCCUCAGAAAACAUAAGCAAAGGUGGGAGCGGGUGUUGUGUUGUGAGAGACUAUUUAAUGGACUUUCUGUGUGCUUCUUCAACAAAGCCAUAGAAAUGAAAAAUUAGAGAGUGAGAAGAGGAAGAAGAACAUUCUAGAGGGAGAAACAUUACACAACUGAACCCACAAUUCUAUUACUGUUUGCUUCAAAGGUAUUCAUUCUCUUUCUCUUAUUUUUUCUCCACUCUCCAGUAGCCAGUAGCCACCUUUUCCCUUGCAUCCUCCUAACCUUACUGUCGGAUUCUAUUGGAUAUAAUUGAAGGUUUUGAUAACUAAGGCUGCAAUACUGUAUACAUUCUACUCAAGGAAUGGUCAAUAUCUGGAAAUUUGCUAUGUGGAAAGGUUAAAUGAAGCCAUUCUUGUCGAAUCAUACUGAUUCUAUGUACAAUUGUUCCCAAGUUGGUUGUAGUCAUCCAAUGGCUCAUACUUCUUAUCCCUGUGGUGAUCCUUAUUUUGGUAGUUCAAUAGUUGCUUAUGGACCACAGGCUAUUAAUCAACAAAUGGUGCCCCAGAUGCUGGGAUUAGCAUCCACCAGAAUUGCAUUACCAGUUGAUCUUGCAGAAGAUGGGCCCAUUUAUGUCAAUGCCAAACAAUACCAUGGUAUACUGAGAAGGCGACAGUCACGAGCAAAGCUUGAAGCUCAAAACAAACUCAUCAAAAGUCGUAAGCCAUAUCUUCACGAGUCUCGGCACCGCCACGCAUUGAACAGGGUUAGGGGAUCUGGGGGACGCUUUCUUAGCGCCAAACAGCUGCCACAGUCUAAUGCAGAACUAGUCACUGAUGCCUAUCAAAAGAAAGAUGCAUCAGAGGCAGAAAAUCACCCCUCAAGCACCGGUGAAAAUGCAUCUAUCACAUUCACAGCCAUCUCUGCCUUAACUAGUAUGUCCAGUAACAGUGUCAAUUUCCCCAACAUGGCUGGAUCAUCGCAAUGCAGUGGGGGACUCACCUUUGGUGCUGGAGCUCUCCAAUGUACUUCAGUUGGCCGAUGAGAGGUGGAACCAAUCAAAAUCAACUUCACUGCUCUGGCAAAUCAUCCUUGGCUUAGUCACUUUAAUUUCUGUCUUUCAUGUGCUACAGAAAUGUUGUCUUUUGGAACUGCUUUCCCAUGGUUUUUGAAGUUGCUCUAGUUUCUAUUGUUGAACUGGACCAGAAAGUUUGUGCUUGAAAAUUUAACUUUUUUUAUCUGUC